AUGUCCACCACAGCAUCGACUCAAUCCUUCAAAAUGCCCGCCUCCCGCGCUCUCGAAAACGCAAAGCAAGGCUCUGAAACUAUCCUCAAGGACGCAUCUGAGACAAUGUCAAAAGCGGCAGAAAACCCGAAGAAGGCAACAGCCGACUUCCUCCACACACCGUUCAUGCGCGCAGCGCUACCGUUUAUCAACGGUGGUCUGGCAGGCAUGACAGCAACAACCGUCAUCCAGCCCGUUGACAUGGUAAAAGUGCGCCUGCAACUCGCGGGCGAGGGCGUCAAAACAGGUCCCAAACCUACACCCAUCGGCGUCCUAAAGGACAUCGUCGCCGCAGGCAAGGUCAUGGACCUAUACACUGGACUCAGCGCCGGUAUCCUCAGACAAGCCGUCUACACCACCGCGCGCUUGGGCUUCUUCGACACAUUCAUGAAGACGCUCAGCGCCCGCGCGAAAGAAAACGGCACGACAGUCGGCUUCAAAGAGCGCGCUGGCGCCGGUCUGACGGCCGGUGGUCUCGCGGCUGUUGUGGGUAACCCGGCGGAUUUGGCGCUCAUCAGAAUGCAGUCCGAUGGCAUGAAGCCCGCCGCGCAACGUGCAAAUUACACAUCCGUUGUUGAUGCGCUGAUGCGGAUCUCCAAGAACGAAGGCGUUCUGCGUCUCUGGGCGGGUUGCUACCCAACGGUCGUCCGCGCGAUGGCGCUGAACUUCGGACAGCUUGCGUUCUUCAGCGAAGCGAAGUCGCAGCUUAAGAACACGAGUCUCUCCUCGCGCUCUCAAACGCUUACAGCAUCCGCGAUCGCUGGGUUCUUCGCGUCCUUCCUGUCAUUGCCUUUCGAUUUCAUGAAGACGAGGCUGCAGAAGCAGACACGCGCACCUGACGGUACAUUGCCAUAUAAGGGCAUGUUUGACUGCUUCAGGAAAGUCGCGAAGGAAGAAGGUCUUCUGAGAUUUUACCGCGGGUUUGGAACAUACUACAUUCGAAUUGCGCCGCAUGCUAUGGUAACGCUCAUCGUCGCCGACUACCUUGGCUUCAUUACCAAGUAA